AAUAAUUAUAGAUAUGGAUUAAUAAUAAGGAAUUCCUGCUGAAUAAAUAAACUAAUUGGUAAAUAAGCAUUUCGAUGAUGCAUUACCAAAAUUGAUAGAGAUUCUAAAGAUUCCUAGUUAAUCAAGAAUGUUUGACCCAGAAUAUUUAACAAAUGGAUUAUUGUUAAAAACAGCAUAAGAAUUCCGAGAUUAUAUAUUGGGAGCCAAUUUAAAGAGUAAGAAGAAUAAAUAUAAAAUUAUUUAGAUGCUAAAGUAGAGCUAUUAGUAGAUGAGGGAUAUUCUCCAUUCUUAUUUGUUGAAAUAGAUGGAUCAGAUGGUUAGACAGAUGGAACAGUGUUAUUUUAUGGUCAUAUGGAUAAGUAACCACCAUUUAAUGGUUGGAAAGAAGGAUUGAGUGCAUAUGAACCAAAAAUAGUAGAUGAUAAAUUAUAUGCAAGAGGAGGAGCAGAUGAUCAUUAUUCAGUAUUAGGAGCAGUGAUAGCAAUUAGAACAAUAUAAGAGUUAGGUUUAAAACAUCCAAGAAUUGUAAUGACAUUUGAAGCAGAUGAAGAAAGUGGAUCUGCACAUAUAGAUCAUUAUUUGGCAAAAUUAAAAGAGAAAAUUGGAGAUGUUGAUUUAGUUGUUUGUUUAGAUUCAGGAUGUGGUAAUUAUGAGUAAUUAUGGAUAACUACAACAUUGAGAGGUAUGGUAGGUGCAUGUGUUACUGUUAAAGUUUUAGAUGAAGGAGUUCAUUCAGGUGAUGCAUCAGGUGUUGUACCAUCUUCAUUUAGAAUCUAAAGACUUCUAUUAGAUAGAAUUGAUAAUCCAAACACUGGAGAAGUUGUUGAAGAUUUCUAAGUUAACAUUCCAGGAGAAAGAUAUUUAUAAGCUUAAAAAGCAGCUGAAGUAUUAGGUAAAUCUACUUUAACUAAAUUCCCAUUCUAUGGAACUACUUAACCAACCACUCAAGAUUAUUUUAAAGCAUAUUUAAAUAGAAUAUGGAAAGCUUAACUAUCAGUUGUUGGAGCUGAAGGAUUACCUUAAGCAAAAACUGCUGGUAAUGUACUUAGACCUGAAACUACUCUUAAAUAUUCUUUAAGAUUACCACCCACCAAAGAUCCUAAAGAAGCAGAAGCUGCUUUUGUUAAAAUUGUAAUUCUAUUUAUACUAAUUAUAGUUAACUACUAAUGUUCCAUAUAAUGCUACUGUUAAAAUCAAUGGAUUAGGAUCUGGUUCUGGAUUUAAUGCCCCAUCAAAUUAACCAUAUCUUGAUUCACUUAUUUAAAGUGCUUCCUAAUUAUUCUAUAAAAAAGAUGCAUAAACUUUAGGUGAAGGAGGAUCUAUUCCACUUAUGAAUACACUUAAAGAAUAAUAUCCUAAAGCUUAAUUUAUUGUCACUGGUGUUUUAGGACCAAACUCUAAUGCACAUGGACCAAAUGAAUUCAUGCAUAUUCCAUUCACUAAAAACUUAAUUAGUUGCAUUACAUACAUUGUAACUGGUCUACAAAUACAUUUAAAGAAAUGAAAUAAAUCAUACAAAUGAUUUAUUAUUCAAAAUCAUAAAAAAUUAAGCUCAU